AUGCCGAUCAACCAACCCUCCAACCAGAUUAAAUUCACUAAUGUGUCGAUAGUCCGUUUGAAAAAAGGUAACACUGACGAUGCGACAGAACCUUCAACGACCAAGGCUGUGCUAACCUCUUCUGUUCUAAUUAUAGGCAAGAAGCGAUUUGAACUCGCCUGCUACAAGAACAAGUUGCUUGAAUACCGAUCUGGCGCCGAAAAAGAUCUUGACAACGUCCUCCAAGUUCCUACAGUCUUCCUCUCCGUAUCAAAAGCGCAAACUGCCCCCUCCGCAGAACUCACCAAGGCCUUUGGCGCCGACACUCCCCGAGACGAGAUACUACAAGAAAUCCUUCGGAAAGGCGAGGUGCAAGUCGGUGAGCGGGAGCGCAAAGAUGCUCUCGAACGUGUGGAGAAGGAGGUGUUGGAUAUCGUGUCUGGACGACUAGUCGACCCGAAUACCAAGCGUGUGUACACAUCGGGUAUGAUCUCCAAAGCGCUGGACCAGCUGUUGUCGGCUAGUGGUCAACAACAGAGCGGAGAGGCAAAUGGGGCUGGAGAAGAGCAGCCUAAAAAGCCUAUGUGGUCCGGAGUUUCUUCCAAUCGAUCUGCGAAGAGUCAAGCACUCGACGCUAUGAAGGCUCUUAUCGCGUGGCAACCCAUUCCCGUGAUGCGCGCGCGGAUGCGCCUUCGGGUUACGUGUCCGGUGUCGCUGCUGAAGCAGUCUGUCAAGGCGGCCCCGAGCGCGGCACCUGCCAAGGAAGAAAAGGCGCCGGCCAAAGGCAAUAAGAAGGGUGGCAAAGGAAACAAGAAGUCGAAGCGAGAUGAGUCCGACGAUGAGACUGGCGGGGAGGCUGCCGAAACGGCGCCCAAGGCCGCAGGCACAGUCAAGGACAAGAUUCUGAAUUACAUUGAAGCGGUUGAAUCGCAGGAAGUCAGCGGGGACGAGUGGGAAGUGGUGGGCUUUGCUGAGCCGGGGGCAUUCAAAGGACUCACUGACUUUAUUGGCACUGAGACUCGUGGGCGAGGACGAGUAGAGGUGUUAGACAUGUCGGUGACCCACGAGGAUUAA